AUGCUAGUAGAGACUCUCGAACCAGCUGUGGCUGCUCCUACCAAUUCAUCUGGUUCCCAUAGCCAAUCCGAACAUACUGCUGUGGCGAAUGAGUUCUCAUCCGUGGACGUGUCCUUUAACUUUGAGGAAUAUCUCAAAUGGUUCGACCCCAGUCAGAAGUAUAAAGUGCGCCACCUUGCUACCGGUACGAACGUGACGUUUCUAGCGAUCAGGCAGGAGAAAUCAAAGGUCGCAAUAGAAGGUAAAGGCAAUAGCGGGGGACAAGGCCAGGCCCAAAUACGCAGUGAAGGCAUAUUCCCUCGAUCAUUUAUCAUGAAGUACUCUCCACCAUACUUUGCUUCUUCCCGUGGAGCAUUACCAAUGACAACGUAUCGUCAACAAGUCGAAGCUAAGGCUUUGUCACUAUUCGGUCCUGGGGGGAAAUUGGACCAUAUUUCUGACAGGGCUUCAAUCAACAUCCCAGAUUUCGUUCGCCUUGACGUCCAUUCCCACGUUCUAAUGGAGUCGGAAAUGGGAGGCGUGGUGCUCACGUUGACCGAUUUAUUGCAAGUGUCGAAGAUUGAGGGACCCAUACAGACUAAGGUGUCACUCCAAACAUCUUUCAGGAUAACUGGAAAUCGAAUUGGAGACUUCCUUGGCGAUCUACACGCCCCUUCCACACUUGCGCAGAUUGAGGACCACCAUUUGAAGCAGUUCCAACACGACGGCAUCAAAGAGUUCAUCUACUCAGCCAAUAAAAAACCCAUCAAGGAUUAUCUAGACUUUGUCCAGGUGGCAGAUGGUGUGAGGAUAUACGGCAUCAUUGAGCACGACUUUUGGCACGCAGACAACUUGGAGGGCGGUCGUGUCUUUGCUCUUGGGGACAUAGGCAUAGACACUAUUUUGGUUUCUCGUGACGUCCGCCAGAUCGGCAUCAUAGGGUGGCAAUACUCCGGACCGGGCCGUGGCCUGAAUGGAGACAUUCCAAAGCUCAUCACUCAGAUCCAGGUAAUCAUGUUGGCAGCCGACAGUGUCCAGAGCCCGGUAUACUGUGCAGCUAAAGCGUUACUCACCGGUAUCGCGAGUGUUUAUCGCUGUUCAAGCAGGAGGAACCUCGCUCCAUGGUCAGUAAGCUGGGAUGGGAAUGUUGGUGAUCUGGGAUCUCUUCAACUACCAGUGGAGACUGUGAGCAUACUUCGUUCUGCCUUUAUCGCUCUGGGUACAGAAAUGAUUGUAGCUGCGAUGUCAAUGAAGCGUGCUUGUAAGUGCCAGAAGGAAACGAUCAGGGACGGGUGCAAACGCAGGAAGAAGCUCGUAACCGAAGGCUGCUGGCAUGUUCGUAUGGCUGGGAAUGACGAUGAUGCAUUCAGGGAUAAUUGGGAGGAUAUUUGUGAGAAAGGAUCUCCAUUAAUUCCAUUUGUGCUUGGAGAUUAA